ACACGCCACACCCCCCCAACCCAAAAUUAACCAACCACCCCUCCUUUUUCCUCUCUCUCUCUACACUAAAAAAAAACUAACCCCUCUCUCUCUCUAAAAUAAACACUUUUUUUAUGGCCUCUGAACAAGACGACGCCGUUUUCGACCACGAUCACGACCUCGAAGACGACGACGACGAGUCCUUCCAGUCUCAGGACGACGAUGACGAUCUCAAAAACGACAACGACGUCAUAAUUGGCGACAACGAGAACGAAAACGACGACAUUUUACCUGACGACGAAGACGAAGAAGAAGAGGAGGACGUUAAUUCUGUUUCACCUUCUACUCCUGUUCUUCCGCCUGUUCCCGUCGCGCUUCCGUCCGCCUCUCUUGUCACCAUCGCUGCCGUUCCUAACGGUGGUGGCUCCGCCGCUGUUGACCACGGACCUUCUCUCUCCCUAGCGUCAACUCCUCCUGAAUCAAAACGUCAGCGCGUGGAGACCACGCUCGUCGUUCACGAGAAGAAACCGCUGCCUCCUCCGAUGGAUGACUCAUCGCGACGGUUGUUUCAGCGGUUGUGGACCGACGAGGAUGAAAUUGAGCUGUUACAAGGUUUUUUUGAUUACACGAUGCAAAGAGGAAGCAAUCAUCAUGAUACGGCGAUGUUUUAUGAUCAAAUCAAGUCGAAAUUACAGCUUGAUUUUAAUAAAAAUCAGCUGGUUGAGAAAUUACGGCGGUUAAAAAAGAAGUACCGUAAUGUUCUUAAUAAAAUUAGCUCAGGUAAGGAGUUUUCCUUUAAAAAUCCUCAUGAUCAAGCUACUUUUGAAAUUUCUCGUAAGAUCUGGAGUUCUACGGGUAAAAUUUGUGUUGACGACGGUAAUUUGGAUGAUGAGGAUGGUGCUAACCCUAACCCUAACCCUAACUUGAAUUUUAAUUCUAAUUUUAAUCAUCACCAUGCUAUUGCUGCUGGUGAUGUUAAAAUUGAGGAUCAUCAUAAUAAGUCAACUACUCCUAGGUCGAAAAAAAGGUCACGUCCUCGUUCUACGGUUGCUACUAGUGUUAAAUUUGAAGAUAAGCGAAUGCCGAGUGAUGGAUUUGUACCUAUUAUUGAUGUUAAUAAUAACAAUAACAAUAGUAAUGUGAAUGUGUCGGGUUUGAUAGAGGAGACGGUGAGGAGUUGCCUGUCACCGUUGUUGAAGGAGUUAUUGAGUAAUACAAUGGCUUCGGGGUCAGGGUCGUCGUGCAGUGGGAGGGGAAUUGGGGGAUUGGCCAUGAAUGCAAUGCCGUUGAGUUUCGGAGGCAGUGAAAUGAUGGUCGACGAGAAGUGGAGGAAGCAGCAAAUGUUAGAAUUGGAGGUGUACUCGAAGCGGUUGGAGCUGGUUCAGGAUCAAAUUAGAGCACAGUUGGAGGAUUUGCGAUCUAUGGGUGGACAAUAGCUGGUGAUGAAAUUUUGGACCUAUAGGUGCAAGAAGUGCUGAGAUUGGCUCGGAGACUGCUACUCUAAUCAUGUAUAGUUACCUAUUCGGAUUCCAACAGCAAUGAAUGAUGAGGAGAAAGAUAGAAAUGAAGUUUCGGAAGAGAUUGUUUCUAAAAGUGAAUGCGGAUUGAUUAACAAAUCAUUUAUACUUGGCAUUGAUGUCUUGAGGCUUCUUACUCUCUCUUAAGUUUUCUGCAAAUUUUGCUGUGUCACUGUGAUUCAUUCUUGGUUAUAGUUACGAGAGUUAGUUUGAAGAAAUUGCUUGAGAAUCAAGUUGUUGGGUUAUGUAGUAAUCUAUAACUAAAUCAUAAACUGUUGUAUUGGGAAUAUUUUGAUUUAAUAACAAAGCUGAAUCUGUAAAAAGAAAAGUAAAAAGUUCAAAAUUUUGAUAUCAAUUUGAUUUGCAUGCUA